AUUAACUUGCAGUCCGAUUAUAGUGAUUAACAAGAACGGUCGCAACAUUUUUAAAUUAGGAAAACGAAGCAACAACAACAACAAAAUGCUAAUUAAUGAUUUUUUUGCAAAUCGUGAAAUAUUCAUAACAGGUGGCACAGGUUUUCUGGGCAAGGCCUUAAUUGAAAAACUAUUACGUGAUUGUCCAAAAAUCAAGGUAAUCUAUAUUUUACUAAGAGGAAAACGUUCAUUUAGUGUUGAGGAACGUAUGGAGGAAUUUAAAAAGCAUAAAAUAUUCGAUCGUAUACACCAGCAGUGUCCGGAGGUUUUGAAUAAAUUACAUGCCAUACAGGGAGACAGUCAAGAAUUGGGUUUGGGUAUAGCAGCAAAAGAUUUGGAAUUAUUGAAAAAUGUUAGCAUUAUAUUUCAUAUGGCGGCCAAUGUAAAAUUUGAUGAUCCUUUACGUAGUUCUAUACUACUCAAUACACGUGGCACUUGGGAAUUGGUAAAAAUUGCCGAAAAACUUAAAAAUCUAGUGGCUUUUGUACACUGUUCCACCGCCUAUUGUAAUCCAUUUGAGAAAGUUGUCGAGGAGAGAGUUUAUAAAAUGCCAGUGGAUUGGCGUAAGACUAUUAAAAUAGCUGAAACUUAUGAAGAAGAUAUUAUCAAUGCUUUAUGUGCCAAAUAUACUGGCUAUUAUCCCAAUACAUAUACAUUUACCAAAAAUCUUAGUGAACAAAUUAUUCAAGAAUAUUCUAGUAAAUUGCCCAUGUCCAUAUUUCGUCCCUCAAUUGUAUUAAAUGCUUUUAAAGAACCACAUCCUGGUUGGAUUGAUAACAUGAAUGGACCUUUGUCUGCUAUGGUUGGUCUAAGUGUUGGCAUCUUACCAAUAUUAUACUGUAAUGCUAAUAUAAAAAUGGACUGUAUACCCGUAGAUAUAGUAACAAAAUUAACAAUAGUGGCCUGCUAUAAACUUGGUUUGCAGACCCUCAAAAAAGAUCACAAAGUUUUAGACGUAAUUAACUGUGCUACUGGUGAUAUCUUUUAUAUAAAUAUGCAUCGUGCUACUUUACUAUAUAAUAAGUCAAUUGAAGAUAAUCCCAUGGAGAAUUGUAUUUGGUAUUUUGAUUCUCCCUGGCUAACUACCUGUUACUAUAACUUUGUCUUUCAUUUAUAUCUAAUGAAUCUACCGUUGGCAUUACUAAUAGAUACUGCUUUGCGUUUAGUGGGCCGUCAGCCGUUAAUGCUAAAAAUUUCUAGACGUUUUAUGUAUACGACGAAAGCAGUCAGCUUCUUUACUUUAACCGAAUAUGCAAUAAUGAAUAAAAAUAUGAUCGAUUUGGAGAAAUAUAUACCGGAAAGUGAACUUGACACUUAUAAUGUCUUAAAGGAUACUGCGGAUAUAGAUAUUUCAGAAUAUUUCGAUAAUGCUGUACGCGGGGUUAAAUACAAUUUCUUUGCUCAACCUGUAGUAGCAACUGAAGCGGCACGUAAACGUUUCAAGACCUUUAAUAUUAUUAGCAAAAGUAUAAAAUUGAUAGUAUUUGCUUUAUUUUUAAAGUAUUUAUGGUUAAUUGUUUCAAAUUUAUAAUUGUAAAUUAAUUUAUUGGAAUAAAUGUGGUUAAAGGAAACUGA